AUAGUCUUUGACAGAGUGAUAGUGGGAGGUGUAAAGCAGGCAAUUACAACCAGUAUGAGGUAAAGGACAUGACCUCACACAUCAAAACGUUUACCGAGAAACUGGUGGAAGCUUGCAAGAAUCCGAAGGCCAAUGAAGACCGUGUUUUGAGAUUAAUAUUGAUAAAAUUUCGAACACUUGUGAAUGAAGCCAAUGAUGCGGUUGCCACCUACUUUGCACUGGAGAAGAAUAAUGGAGAGAAUGUCUGGGCAAUAUCUUUCGAUAAGAUUCUAUUUCGUGGAAAGCUCAAUAUGUAUGCCACUGAGAUUCAAUCUAUUAGCGCAAAGGUGAAGACGAUUGGCAAAGACCAUGGAAAAGAUCUCACAUACCUCCUGGAGUACAAACCGCCCCCCGCCAAGGCUGAAAAUAACAUAGUGGGCUUUAAUGAUGAUUUGAGAACCAUAAAAACUCGAUUAGUGGAAGAAUCCAAAGAUUUCUUUGUCAUCCCAAUUGUGGGGAAUGCUGGGUCUGGAAAAACUACAUUUGCCUUAAAGAUAUUUGAAGACUUGGAAAUCAAGAAAUAUUUCACUCAUUGCGUUUGGAUUCAUAUUUCACGAGGGUUUCAUAGAAAGCAAAAAUUCAUUGACAUUCUACAUCAAAUUUCCAAGCAAACAGUAGACUUUAGCACGGCUUCAGAAGAUGUGUUGGAAGCUAAAAUAAAGAAAUUAUUAGAGGAUGAAAGAUACUUGAUUGUAUUGGACAGUGUGCGGGAAAAAGAGGACUGGGAUUCUUUAAAAGAUGCAUUCCCUAAAAAUUUGAGAGGGAGUAGAGUCCUGGUAACCACCCGGAACGACAAUGCAGUGGAUUCCACCUGGAAAUCUCAUAGUUUAGGAAAGUUAAACAAUGAUGAUGGUUGGUUGCUAAUAAAAAAAAAUGUUUUUGGUACAGAGGGAAGCCGUGACACAGUAUUUGAAGAGGUUGGCAACGAUUGGCUGAUAAUCCGCUUCUAGACAUUAAUGGAGAAGGUCAAAGCUACCAUGAG